GUGUGUGUGUGUGAACUUCUUAUUUUAGAACGGAAGUUGAUGGGUCGCCCUGUACCGAUGGUUUAUAUCACCUGCGAAAUAUACGUUCGUUAAUGAUGGACAGCGGAGGGAUUGGAAGUGGUAUUUAAAUUUGUUAAAAUCCCCCAUUUAACAAAAGCGAUUUAGUCAACAAUGAAUACCGUCUACCAUCUGCUCAGGGAAGCAGUUGCUGGAUUUCUCGUUAAGUAUUAGGAUAUUAGCUGUACACAUUUGCCCAGUUUGGACUGCAGUCAAACAACAUUCAAUAUAAAAGAAAUGGUGCAAUUUGACGAUAUGGAGUGACGAAACACUGGAGGUUGUAUGGGACUGCUUUACGCGCUGGAGGUUGUCUGUUUCCAGUCCACACUAGGGGUAGCCGUGGCCAUUUUGUGAUUGAUAGGAAGAAAACAAACAUCUGGGUGUUUGUAAUUAAGAUAUGAAAGGAACAGAUGAAUGUGUCUCAGUGAAGACAGGGGCCAGGUGACAUUUGCUGAACUCCGGAAGUUAAGGCAAAGAAAACCUAACCUAACUGUAAGGAUUGUCUUCAUUAAGAAAUGAGAAAACUUGUUCCUUUAUGGUGCAUACUGGAGCUCUGCUCUUUGGCAAUAUCACAACACGAGCAAUUGUUCAGGUUGACGAAAGACGGAAGAGCCAACUCAAAUCAUUCCAAUACCGUCAAUAUUCACAACUUUCUAGAAGCUGAGCGCAGGAAAGACUACAUUAGGCGACAGAUCUGUCAUAUAUUGCAAUGCAACUCAAAAGCAGGACCACCUCCUCCAACUUCAACUCUGAAACCGCCUGUGCCGAAGGACAACAUAGCUGAUAAUCCUAUUCUCUCCGAGCCUGCAGAUUUUACAAACGAUACUAGCUGUAUGCAGUUCCCCAUACCAAUCGAUUAUCUGGACCCAAAUGUGAAACUAGGUGAUGGAGAUAUUCAAGUUUUCAUAAAAGUGAAGAAACGAAAAAAUAGGAGAAAACGAAAGGUUUCUCUAAAGGUGUCGCUCAUUGAGGACAGCAGUAAUCAAACUGUAAUAGCCAGUAGAAAAUUUAAGCUGAGAAAAACAGAAUGGCAAAAUAUUCAUCUCCCAUCAGUUUUAAUCAAAUCUAUACAGCGGAGGAGGAUGAGGGUUUUAAGAGUGUGUAUACGUUGUAUCCGGUGCAGAAAGGUGAGGGUGGAGUUUCCAUUGAAAAUAAGAUCCAAGAGAAGACGAAAGAAGAAGUCACGUGGUCGAAAAAUGAGAAAACGAAAAUUGAGAAAAAAUCGACCAAGAUUGUUAUUGUUUUCCAAAAGAGUAGAAUCUUCUGUGAGAAAUCGCAGACAUACGUUGAAUGACUGUAAAUGCUGUAAGCAUGCCCGUUUUGUUCCAUUUAGUAGUUUACAGUUACCUCAUGAAGUUGCAUUUCCCAACGGUUUCACUUAUGAAGAAUGCACACAGACCUGUGAGAAAAAUAACGUCAUGUUGCAGAGCUACAGUGCCGGAAAUGAUCCCACUACAUGUAACUCAGUGGAAAAGAAACCUCUUAAUCUGAAUAUAAAGUAUAAAGAUGGCAUAGAAUUCACUCUAGCUAUACCAAACGCUAGAGUAACCAAAUGUCAGUGUCAUAUACAAUGAUAAGUAUUAGUUUGAUUUGUUUGCAUUAACGGGUAAUUGCAUAUACAGUAUUGUUUGUUUGGGUGUGUCUGUGUGUGUGGAACUCUCUGGAGUCCGCGGAUAAAUAACAUGUUGUGAUUGGACGGUUGCCUUGAAAUGUUAAAUGUUGUUCAUACGCACUUGAAGUGAAUCUCCCCGAGGUGAAAGUUGUUGUAUUAACUACCGAAUUAUCUCUGUCACUUUACAUUUGUUACACAUAUACUGUUGGCUCAAAGUGUUCUCCAAGUGUACAUGUUGCUAUUUUUUUAAGAUUCUGUAUGCCAACGUGAAGUACUAUUUUUAUUGUAUUUCGUGCGUCUGUAUUAUUGUGAUAGGUGACGGAAUGUGUUUACAGUUUUUAUACAAUGACUCAGCUUCAUUGCUAUUCUACCGAAUAAUCAUGAUUUUACACAAUUUUCAUUUAGUUUUCACAUUGUAGUUGAUAGACUGGUAUCUAUUUGUCAAUCACAAUCUUUUUUGCAAUGUUCGUCUUUUAAUUAAGUUUAUUUUCUACAAACACAAAACGUUGAAUUCAAUGUGUCCUAGAGAACGUGGUGUUGGCCACUGCUUUAUAUUUCCCAUGGUCCAGACCUGACUGUCACCUCUUGUGAUACAAAAUCUUUUAUUAUUGGUGGGAAACGAUUAAAAGACACCUCACAAAAAAGAAAAGAAAAAACACUUUAAUUUCUCACGGACAAUUUCACACGCAGUUUGCUCUUUGGAAGGCGAUUCUUUUCUGAAAAUUAAAUCGAACUUAUCUGCCCUUCUAAAUGUUUGCAAAAUAUUCCACAAUUCGUUUUAAGUGACGCAUUAAAUAAAGAUAAUGGCAUUUAUCCGAUGGCAAGCACAUGUGAUGUUGAUAUUACAUCGGUUAUUGACACGUAUACGCACAUGCGCAAUCAAUGCACCACCAUGUAACGUCCAUGAUGACUGUCACGAAGUCUGUAUUACUCUCCAGUUUGACGGCGCCAAGCCGUAGCUCUUUCGUUACAUUAAAAGUCACUGAAACGUAAUUUCUUAGCUUAGGUUUCACAACAUAUCCUUACUAUGGAUUGGGAAAUGCAAUUACGAUUUUUAAAUCAUAUAUUGCUAAAAGGUUGCAUUCGUUCAUUAGGUUAGCUUUUAUUUUAUGAAAAUCGUUUUAGGUCAUGUUUAAAGACAUCCUUCUUGGGAUAUUCAUCACGAUUAUUUAUUGACAUUGAAAUGUUUGCCGGUGUUAUUCUAAUGAUAUUAUUUGUUACAGAAGAAUUUCUGAAUUUUAUGAUUAUAUACCCAUUUUAUGAAUGGAAUUGUUUUAUGUGAUACUAUAUAUAUAUAUACAUGUAUGAUACGCAAGAUGGCGAUUAUUAUAUGUUUGCUCCAACUAGUAUUUCCUUAACUCGAAUCCGAUAGGUGUUGGCACUGUAAAAAAAAAAAAAAACCCACCUCACUGCUACAGCCCCUUGCGUCAUGCAUAGGUCUAAAUUUGUGCCCCUUUAUCUACAGUUGAAGACGUCUUCAAGGAUAUCUGAAGAGACGUAAAAUAAAGAAAAACAAAAUUCAGAAGAUAGGGUGUUGACACUAAAAGCAUGCAUUGAAUAGUAAGGUGGUCAUCAAAAAUGAAAGAUGGAUAGAAUUGAGACGAAGUGUACCAAACACAUUGCAGUUUUAUAUUCUGUAAUGUAAAAGAUAUAUAUUUUACAAUACUUUAUUUUCGCAAUCUUUCCUGGCCUGUUGUACAGGGAAACAUGAUUUUGGUAAAAACACAAUUUGCUCUGAAUGCAUAAACUAUUUUUUGUCUGUGUCAUUUUACCCGUUUAGUACUUGAUUUAAUUAGACAUCAGAUAAAAUUAAAGGUAAUUAUUCAACAUUUUUGCAUUCAUUGAGACUAUCUAAAUUUAAUUUGUCAGCAUAAUUUUACAACAAAUUAAAAUUGUGUACAUGGUACCUGUAACAAAUAUUUUUGUAAUUGGGGGGUCAUCAUUUUUCAUUUAAAAGGAACAAAAACAAGGGGUAAUUAUGCUCUUAUGUACUGCGUAUAAAUUUGUUCAGUUUAUAUCAUGUUCGUAUUAUAUUGUUUCUGUUUAUCAUAAUCACAUGCGCAUCAUUACUUAUUGCCAAAUAAGGAAACCAUUUUAAUGAAAUCAACAUGAUUUCAAAUUCAUCGGUAAAUCCUCAUUGACGAACGCUUUAUUCACUUUCGUGACAUGGACAAAAUUCCUGAUCUUACAUAAUUUCAACUUAAACAAUGCAACACAGUGAUAAUGUAACGUGAUCAUUUAGAUCGAUCUCGUUUCUCAUAUUCGUCGUAAAUUUCUGAAACUCCACUAAUCAGUAAAAGGUGCUCGUCUAAUGGUAAAAAAGUUAAAGAAAGGUAAACUAUGAAGAAGGGAGGUGUGCUUGCUAGUGUACUUUAUCGGCCGGGUUCGGUAUGUCUCUCGUGUACUCCCAUUAGCCGAUGAAUUAUGUACAUAACGCAGGUCUAAAAUCUCCCUCGACAUGAAUGGCCUCUUCUCCUUUACUUUGGGAGAACCCCGCCAAACGUUUGCAUGUAAUAUUUCACCUUCUGCUUUUCUCCGAAAGUAUGCACACCAUUAGGUGUAGUUAAGCGAUCAGAAAAGCUAAAUGAAAUAGUACGGUUAAAAGAAUAGGAAUCUCGCUUCCAACAUGCGCCUGGUAAUUUCGCUGUCAUUGCUGCCUGUCGAGUUUCAUACCGAUUGUUAGGCCGUUCUUGGCACAUUGAUUUCACUAGGGAUUAUUCCGUUUACCUGUUUAAGAUAUAUAAGGCUCACGACGGGUGUGACUGGUCGACGGGGCAUGCUUACUCCUCCUAGACACCUGGUCUCGCUUCUGGUAUCCAGGGGUGUGUGUUUGCCCAACUCUUUAUUUUGUAUUCCUUAUAGGAGUUAUGAGAUUGAUCACUGUUCGUUGUCUUCACUUUUCAUCAUUUGAUAUCGGGAGAUGAGAUUUAUGAAAAAAUUACAUUUAUAGAUAUGAGCCGAGGCAACCAUUCAAAUCCUAUAUUUACCGUAUAGCGGUUUUUUCCGUGGGGUGAUAAACUUGGCUUAUUUUAGCGGUUAGAGAUCUUUCCGCCAAAAUUUCACUCGCCAAAUAUCCACCCAAUUACGAUUUCAGUAUUUGUAAGAGAGAUAGUUUUCCCUAUCCGCCAAAAUUGAUUCCGCUCAAAUUAUUAGCAUACCUUUGAUUCAGCAAAUCGCCAAAUUUUAGGCCCGCGAAAAAACCCUGUUAUACGGUUAAAUUUCGUGGAAAUAGUAUGUCAUGGUAUAGUAUCAAACAUUAAAUUUCGUCUGAAUUAAAUUCCGUGAUUUUGUGUUCAAACAAUCAUUCAGGGGUGUGAUUUUUCCUCUUUUCAGAGGAAAUCCUCUGAUUUGCUCAAUUUUUGAAAAAAUGUAACAUUCUGGGUUUCAUGUUAAGUGACAGAAAAUGAUAUUUUUCCAGGUAGGGUGAGGUGUUUUCCUCUCAUUUUGACCAGUUUUCCCUCUGAUUUCUGGAGAAUUCAGUCACAUCCCUGUUCAUUGAUAUUUGAAUUUUUGAAACUAUAAGAACAUCAGCAAAACAUGUAUGUUUUGCAAACUGCAUCUAAGAAAUGAACUACUUCAUACGACGAAUGACUCGCACAAUGGUCAAUAACUGUUGAAAUAUUGAUUAUAAAUAUGAUAUAUCAUCUGAGUGACCUUGAUCGUUACAAAUUGACUUUGACCUUUGUCUGAAAACCAUUUGCCUGAUACCUGUUUACGUGAUAAAUGAUCAAUACCUGUUCAAGAAAGGUAUGUGGUCUGCGUGACAUUGACUUUUCCAAAAUGACCUUGGCCCUAAAGUCCCUGUCCCAAUGAAUAAUUGUGAUCAAUUUCUGAUAGAGGUUUUAAAAGAUACAUGUAUGAGCUGGGACGGACGGACGGACGGACAGUCACAACAGCGACUCUAUGUUCCCACGAAAAAAAUUCAGGGAGCAUACGAUUAUAAUUAAGAGCUCCUGAUGUGAAUAACGGAACACUGCAUCACCUUUCAUUAUGUAUACUGAAUCCAACAACCUCAAAACACAUAGAGGUCGGUAUAUAUAGCGUUGCAAAAAUGAUAUCAGAUGUAUGAACCCGUACAUAACUGAGCAGGAAGAGGACUUGUAAUUGUUUAGUUGAUACAUUUGUUUUGUUUCUGAUGUACAAGUAAUAAAUGAUGGAUUUUAAAAGCA